GAGCUGUCAUGGACCACGGGCAUGGAGGGUCUUCUCCAGAACUCCACUAACUUCGUCCUCACAGGCCUCAUCACCCGUCCUGCCUUCCCCGGGCUUCUCUUUGCAAUAGUCUUCUCCAUCUUUGUGGUGGCUGUAACAGCCAAUGUGGUCAUGAUUCUGCUCAUCCACACGGACUCCCGCCUCCACACACCCAUGUACUUCUUGCUCAGCCAGCUCUCCAUCAUGGAUACCAUCUACAUCUGUAUCACUGUCCCCAAGAUGCUCCAGGACCUCCUGUCCAAGGACAAGACCAUUUCCUUCCUGGGCUGUGCAGUUCAGAUCUUCCUCUACCUGACCCUGAUUGGAGGGGAAUUCUUCCUGCUGGGUCUCAUGGCCUAUGACCGGUACGUGGCUGUGUGCAACCCUCUACGGUACCCUCUCCUCAUGAACCGCAGGGUUUGCUUAUUCAUGGUGGUCGGCUCCUGGGUUGGUGGUUCCUUGGAUGGGUUCAUGCUGACUCCUGUCACCAUGAGUUUCCCCUUCUGUAGAUCCCGAGAGAUCAAUCACUUUUUCUGUGAGAUCCCAGCCGUGCUGAAGUUGUGCAUAGACACGUCGCUCUACGAGACCCUGAUGUAUGCCUGCUGCGUGCUGAUGCUGCUCAUCCCUCUAUCCGUCAUCUCUGUGUCCUACACACACAUCCUCCUGACUGUCCACCGGAUGAACUCAGCUGAGGGCCGGCGCAAAGCCUUUGCUACAUGUUCCUCCCACUUUAUGGUGGCGACCAUUUUCUACGGGGCAGCCUUCUACACCAACGUGCUGCCCCACUCCUACCACACUCCAGAGAAGGAUAAAGUGGUGUCUGCCUUCUACACCAUCCUCACCCCCAUGCUCAACCCACUCAUCUACAGCUUGAGGAAUAGAGAUGUGGCUGCAGCUCUGAGGAAAGUGCUAGGGAGAUGUGGCUCCUCCCAGGGCAUCAGGCUGGAGACUGUGAUCAGGAAGGACUAGCGGGGACUCCCCGAGCAUCAGGGUGGAGACUGAUCGGGAAGGACUAGCG